AUGGAGGUCAAGAGGGCAUCAGGGUGGCUGGAGAAGGAUGGCUCAUCAGUAAGGCAGGCAACCAAUCAGAUUGUGAUGAAUUGCGCUGAUAUUGACAUUAUUACAGCUUCAUAUGCACCAGAAGGAGAUGAAGAAAUCCAUGCUACAGGAUUUAACUAUCAGAAUGAAGAUGAGAAAGUCACCCUGUCUUUUCCUAGUACUCUCCAGACAGGUACAGGAACCUUAAAGAUAGAUUUUGUUGGAGAACUGAACGACAAAAUGAAAGGUUUCUACAGAAGUAAAUACACCACCCCUACUGGAGAGGUGCGCUAUGCUGCUGUCACACAGUUUGAGGCUACUGAUGCCCGGAGAGCUUUUCCUUGUUGGGAUGAGCCUGCUAUCAAAGCAACUUUUGAUAUCUCUCUUGUUGUUCCUAAAGACAGAGUUGCUUUAUCAAACAUGAAUGUAAUUGACCGGAAACCGUAUCCUGAUGAUGAAAAUUUAGUAGAAGUGAAGUUUGCCCGCACACCUGUUAUGUCUACGUAUCUGGUGGCAUUUGUUGUGGGUGAAUAUGACUUUGUAGAAACAAGGUCAAAAGAUGGUGUGUGUGUCCGUGUUUACACCCCUGUUGGCAAAGCAGAGCAAGGAAAGUUUGCGCUAGAGGUUGCUGCUAAAACCUUGCCUUUUUAUAAAGACUACUUCAAUGUUCCUUAUCCUCUACCUAAAAUUGAUCUCAUUGCUAUUGCUGACUUUGCAGCUGGUGCCAUGGAGAACUGGGGCCUUGUUACUUAUAGGGAGACUGCGUUGCUUAUUGAUCCAAAAAACUCCUGUUCUUCAUCACGCCAGUGGGUUGCUCUGGUUGUGGGACAUGAACUCGCCCAUCAAUGGUUUGGAAAUCUUGUUACUAUGGAAUGGUGGACUCAUCUGUGGUUGAACGAAGGCUUUGCAUCCUGGAUUGAGUAUCUUUGUGUAGACCACUGCUUUCCCGAGUAUGAUAUCUGGACGCAAUUUGUUUCUGCAGACUAUACUCGUGCCCAGGAACUUGACGCCUUAGAUAACAGCCAUCCUAUUGAAGUGAGCUAUACUUCCCCAACCCUUUUAGUGAAAUACAUAAUUUAUUAUGUGUCAAUAUGCUUAGGAUGCUAUCUUGACUUUAAAAAAGGAAUGAACAUGUAUUUAACCAAGUUUCAGCAAAAGAAUGCUGCCACAGAGGAUCUCUGGGAAAGUUUGGAAAAUGCCAGUGGUAAACCCAUAGCAGCUGUGAUGAAUACCUGGACCAAACAAAUGGGAUUCCCUCUCAUUUAUGUGGAAGCUGAACAGGUAGAAGAUGACAGAGUGCUGAGGCUGUCUCAAAAGAAGUUCUGUGCCAGUGGACCAUAUGUUGGUGAAGACUAUCCUCAGUGGAUGGUUCCUAUCACAAUCUCUACUAGUGAAGACCCCAACCAAGCUAAACUAAAAAUACUAAUGGAGAAGCCAGAGAUGAAUGUAGUUUUGAAAAAUGUCAAACCAGACCAGUGGGUAAAGUUAAACCUGGGAACAGUUGGGUUUUAUCGGACCCAGUACAGCUCUGCCAUGCUGGAAAGUUUAUUACCAGGCAUCCGUGACCUUUCUCUGCCUCCAGUGGAUCGACUUGGAUUACAGAAUGACCUCUUUUCUCUGGCUCGAGCUGGAAUCAUUAGCACUGUAGAGGUUCUAAAAGUCAUGGAGGCUUUUGUGAAUGAGCCCAAUUAUACUGUAUGGAGCGACCUGAGCUGUAACCUGGGGAUUCUUUCAACUCUCUUGUCCCACACAGACUUCUAUGAGGAAAUCCAGGAGUUUGUGAAAGAUGUCUUUUCACCUAUAGGAGAGAGACUGGGCUGGGACCCCAAGCCUGGAGAAGGUCACCUAGAUGCACUCCUGAGGGGCUUGGUGCUGGGCAAACUGGGAAAAGCAGGUCAUAAGGCAACUUUGGAAGAAGCCCGUCGUCGUUUUAAGGAGCAUGUGGAAGGAAAACAGAUUCUCUCUGCUGAUCUAAGAAGUCCUGUCUAUCUUACUGUUUUAAAGCAUGGUGAUGGCACCACCUUAGAUGUUAUGCUAAAGCUUCACAAACAAGCUGAUAUGCAAGAAGAAAAAAACCGAAUUGAAAGAGUUCUUGGGGCUACUCUUUCACCUGAACUGAUUCAGAAAGUCCUCACUUUUGCACUUUCAGAAGAGGUACGUCCACAGGACACUGUGUCAGUAAUUGGUGGAGUAGCUGGAGGCAGCAAACAUGGGAGGAAAGCUGCUUGGAAAUUCAUAAAGGACAACUGGGAAGAGCUUUACAAUCGAUACCAGGGAGGGUUCUUAAUUUCCAGACUAAUAAAGCUGUCAGUUGAGGGAUUUGCAGUUGAUAAAAUGGCUGGAGAAGUUAAGGCUUUCUUCGAGAGUCACCCAGCUCCUUCAGCUGAGCGUACCAUCCAGCAGUGUUGUGAAAAUAUCUUGCUGAAUGCUGCUUGGCUAAAGCGAGAUGCUGAGAGCAUUCACCAGUACCUCCUUCAGCGGAAAGCCUCCCUACCCUCAGUGUGAAGCCUCCUCACCAAGGUCUUACUGCCUCUCUGCAGGGAUGAGGUGGAGCUACCAAACAGCUGAUUCACAUGCCAAGAAUUUGGAGUCUUAGACCAGUGGGGGUUGGACAAUGAAUGUAGUUAACUGGUUCCUGCUCACACUCCAGAAUUAAAUUCUAUUGAAAAAGGAAAAUCAACAAUUCAGCAAAAACAAAAUGAAAAAUAAAAAAAUAAAAUACAAAUGUAAAUAUAAUAGUAAUAAACUAGAGCAUAACGAAACUGUGAAACUUCCUGAAGCCUGUCAUGGUUCAAAGUAUUGAACACUCUCCUGUUAGUGACAGAUAUUGUUUUAAAACCUACCAAAAGGAAAGAAAGGCUUUUGGGGAAAGAUUUUUGUGAAGUGGGUUCUACAUGCAGCCUGACAAGCCGGGUAUGUCCACUGCUGGGAUCCUGACAGAAGGCUGAUCCUGGCUCACAUAAUGGAGUCUGUGCAUAAUUCCAAGUGGGUUGGGUUUUUUGUUGUUGUUGUUGUUGUUGUUUCUCCUUUCUGGCAUGGGGACUGAGCAGGAAGGUAUCUUUUCCUGCAUAACUCAAUCUAAAUCAAGGGUUGUAGUUCCUCCUUGCCUCCCUUCUGUGUGCCCCCCAUCCCUAUAAAAAAAAAAAAAAAAGUAAUGAAAAGUUUUUAAAAAGUAAAACAAUCCCCCACAAUCUCCAUCUGGGGUUCUUCUCCCUUAGUUCAGUCCCAGCCCUGACCCUAUCCUUACUAGAGAUGAUGAAGAACAUCUUUGACAGCCACAUUAAAUAAGAGGAGCUGAUAAUACUUGUUUUUCUUUUUUAAGUCUUAAAAACCCUGAAAUGCAUAACAGAUCAGAGAGUAGAAAUAAAGAUUAUCAGCCAGGCCUUCCUGCUCGAGUGAUUCUACUCAAAACGGUCCCAGUUACCUGACAGGCCAAAUGCCACACCUCUUCCAAACAGUAUCAGUGAGCUCUGGCUCACCAGCCUGUGCAUAUGAGGAGCCAGUGGGGACUGCUGUGUGGCCCAGACGUCCGCUCACCGCUGCUUCACCGGUGUGCCCACUAACGCGCCUCGCCACCUAACCCAGCGUGUUUUUACUAAGUCUCAGCCCUCUUCCUCUUUCCUUUUUUUUUCUCUUUAUUUUUUCUGAAUCUUCCUUUUUUGUGUGUGUGUGUGUUAACAGAAAUUCAUAUUUGGUGUGGCUUAAUGUAUUUCAGAAGGUCGUCAGAUUGUGAGACUGCUUCCUUGGAACAUUUUUGUGCUAUUGUUUUAAAAAAUAAUAAUUAAAAAACUGUUGGCGUUAAUAAAAAUGUCAA